CAGAUUUCAAUCCAUAACCUCUGUGAUCUUCAAUGCAAUGUUUAUCAUCAAGUAUCAAGUUGUCUUCAUCUAUGAUGUUUAUUGCUAAAAAUCUAAAUAAGAAACUAACUAAACACGGCGUGUUAUUUUAGUUUGUUUCUAGUGAAAAGUUAGUAAGUGUUGAAAGUAUCCGGAUAUACUUUUGGACGUUUAGGUUAAAUGAAUCUAAUUCAUUACUAGUUAAUACAAGUGCUGGUUUGUAUAUAAACAAUCAAAAUGAACUUUGUUGAAACGUUCCGGCAGUACCACAGCAAAUUGGUGGAUCCUUCAAUUGUUACUAAAAUUUGGAAGGAAAUUAUAAUUGGUAGAAGGUCUCUGAUUUCUGUUGAUAGUGUGAUUGAAUACAGCUUUCACUAUCCAGUUGAUACUGAAUUUUACCUGGAAGAGCUGCUCGACAAAUUUGAGAGCGCUAUGAAAGAGGACCUGAGAACUAUUGAAGGAAACCUGAAAGCCUAUAUCCAAACUUUUAUCUAUUACUGCUUGGGAUCUGCCGACAGAAUUCCUAUUAGAACAUCCUUACUUAGUGCAGAGUUAUACUUGAAAAUCCUUCUAUUGCCUUCGGAUAUCGGGAAGUUAUAUUUCGAAAAGAACAUGUUUGUCAUGGUGUUGUAUCUGUGUACCAAGUGUAUAAGAAAGCAGAAUAUUCCAACAGAACAAUUAACCAAAGUGUUAGAGCUUAUUUAUAAGUAUGUGUCGGAACGUUCAGUGUCGUUUUUGAUGAUCCAAGGCACUGCAAACCUGUAUGCCAAUGUUCUGAAGCAUCGGUCCAUAGAAGGAGAUAUCAAGAAAUGUGAUGACCCUUUGGCGAUGGUUUGCUUGAAUUGUUUAAAAAACCUUAUAGUAGCAAAGGAGCAUCCAAGAGAAGUCAAGUAUAUAAUGGAAAGUAUGUUAAGAUGUAUGAGAACGGAUAUCAGCAAAACAAUAUCACCAGGUCAACGAAAGAUCGCUAUAUGUCUAUCAAAGAAAUUUAUUAAAAAUGUUAUGUUUGUGGAAAUUGAAGAUAAAAACAAAAUGCAAUAUUUCCUCGAUGCUUUGUUUGCUUUAAUUGGCGUAUCAGAUUUUGAAUAUUUUGAGGACUGCUGUGAUAUUAUUAACAUGCUAGAUGAACAGCUAUAUAAAGAGUUUUUGCGACGCCUUCCAAACUAUCUGGAAUCGAAAAACCACGAAAAAUAUUAUGUAAAUAUAAUGUGUCUUUUGUAUUACAUGUUGAGUCAGCCACAUCCAGGAAAUUUUCCGAAAUUGAAUGUAUUAUAUUCAGUUUGCAUAAAAGAGAUGGUGAUAAAAUUAUUACACAGGAAGAAAAGCAUUCAAUAUAGGAGCAUAGAGAUUUUAGCAAAAAUUUGCUUGUUGCGAAAAAAUGCUGUAUUAGAUGGCGUUUUUGAGAUUAUAAACAUCACAGGCAAUUUGGCAACUAUUCGUGUAUCAAGUAUUUUGAGAGCAUUUGUGCGAAUUUUGGAUGAUCAAUAUGCUGGAAACCCCGUGAGGAGUAAACAAAUUCUGCAUAUAGUUUCAAAGUUUCUGAUUUCUAUAGAUAAAGUGGAUGCAGAUUUAUCGUCACAGAUUCUGUUUCUGGUGUGUAAAGACGGAACACCUUAUAGCGUUAAAAAUGUGCUUCCAGAGCUACAUAGUUUAUAUUUGCAACUCUCUGAGAAAUUAUCGUGUGGUGCUCGUUUGGCCAUUAUGAGAAUAUUUUUCAAAAUGGCCAUGCAUGCUGAUCCCUCAUCUUCAGUAUUUAUAGAGCAUCUCUAUAAUUCCAUGAUUUACUCAUCUACAAUCCAUGGCGUAGUAUAUGGUCCAGAACAAUAUUCAAACCUGUUAAUGUCGGAGGAAUUUGAUUACGAGUUGUUUUUGCCUAAAUGUAGGCAUCUAAUCAAGUACGACCAGGUAUGUCAUCUAAUAUCGAACUUCAAGUGCAAAGAACCAGGAUAUUGCAUUCUGUUAAAUAGCUUAUUGGAUUAUGUGAAAUACAAGGAAUAUAAUAUUUUAACCGACUAUAUAAUUGACAAUUUUGAAGAUAUUUGCUGUGUAGAUGCAGCUGGGCAUCUCCUGAACGGAUAUAGAAGAAUUCUAUUGAAUAAAGGUGUCUAUAAUGUAUCAGACACACCCAAGUUUAACAUUAUUCAUGGGUUGUUGUGGAAUUCCUUGUUCAAGCAAAUAUGUGGCGUUACUAGUAUAAAGGCUAGCUUCGACCUUAUAGAUACACUAAAUGAAAUUUUGCAUUUGCCGAAUGAUGAAGAACAAAGAGUAACUUUGUUGACUUUGAUAAGUGAAUGUGCUUAUCGGGAUCUGAAACAAAAUGAUUUAAUGGCGGGCUCAGUAAUGACUUUAACAGAAGUUUGCAUCGCGUUGAAAAGACCACCAAGAAAUGAAAUCUUGGUUAUUUUUGAGAACGUAAUGGAUGACCCGAGAACUAUGUCAUUGCUGAAAACAAAAUUGAAGGAUGCUUUAAUUCAGCUAAUAUCUUUCUUCGGUACUAUGGCUAUGAUGGAUCGUCCGAAAAUACCCACCGCUUCUAAAAUGUUCAGAAAAGCAUUAGAAGUUCCUGAUCCCCUUGUUCAGUUAACUGCUAUCAAGAUGUACUAUACUCUUUCUUCAGAACUAAGUCAUGAGUUUGAAGAUAUAAUCAAAUUUUGUUUUAAAAAUGUCACUUCCGACCAUACGGUGUUGAGUAGAGUAUGUCUCACUAUUUUAGAAGAGCUUAUUUAUGACAGUUAUGUACUACUGGAUUCUGAAAGUUUUAUGAGAUUUAUACACAGGCUAGCUUCCUACAGUUUAAGUGAUUUUAUGAGACAUAUGUUAAAUGAGAGGUUCUUGGUGUCCAAUAAGCAUGAUGUAGGCCGAUUUUACAUGACUACUUUAGUGUACAUGAGUGGACAUACGAAGUUGGAGGAUUAUCCAAUUAACGAGAGUUUCCGUAAAGAUUUGGUUGAAAUGAGAAAUCUUCUGGAUAUUCCAAAUGACCUAAUUAAAUUCUUGUUUACCUCCAUUCAGCCUAAAACAAGAUUUAGCAUUCUAAACGAGAUCUGCUUGAUAUUCGAUUUAUUAGUAGCAGGAAAAUGUAAGAUAGACGAUAACUUUUUCAUUUUCUUCAAUUACUCGUUGUACACGUUUAAAGUGAUGACCGGUAAAACAGAUUUUAAAUAUCGGAAUACUUUUUAUGGCCAAGUCUGUCGAUCAGUAAACAAGCAAAUUUUUAAUAGAGAUGGUAAAUGUAAAGAUCUAGCAUUAUAUGGGGAAUAUGAAUCUGAUGUAAGGCGGUGUACUAUUUCGUUAUUGCAACUGCUAUACUUCAUUCAAAAUGAAGAUCGUCUUAAUGAGUAUCUCUGUCCCGUGUUUGACGCACUUGCAUGUUGGAUCGAUCAUGUGAAACCUGAGCUGAUACACUACAUCCAGUAUGAAAACGGCAAAGAAUUUGACCAUCCCUUGAAAAGGUUGGUUCACUUUUAUAAAAGUAAUAAACUACGAUUGGAGAAUUACAUUAAUAAUCAAGAGAGCUUUACAGUUGAUACCAUAAUGGAUGGAGUAAACGUAUGCGAUGCGUCAGACGCAUGCAUCAAUCGUUCAAGCGAUUCCAGGCCUUAAGAGAUACUUUACAGAAGAGAAGCUCUAAUUAAUAUUCUGCUUUUGGUUUCUACAAGAUUGCGGUUGCAUAGUACAUAUCGAUUAGAGCAGAAUACCAUAUUAGAUUCUGGAUUAUUUAAACACAAAACAUUUACACAUGUGUCAUCAUUUAAUUUUUAAUGAAUUCUGUGAUCUUAAUAUGAUGUACAAAUACUACUAAAAUGUGGUUUAUAUACAUGCUAUUAAUAAAAUAAAUGUGCGUAAUAAUUGUCAUUAUGUAAGAGAUCAUGAAAUGCUACUACUUUAUGAUAGCAGACGUUGGUACCUAAUUUGUUAAAAUUAUGCUAUAUACUAAAAACCAAUUUAAGCUAUAAUUAAUCUUAAAGAAAUCCGUUUUAAAAACACAACCAAUAUUUAAAUAUAUUCUGAUCUAAUUUAAAAGCGAAUGUUAGUCACAUAACUUCGAAAUAACGAAAUUCACUAUUAACCUAAUUAAUAGUGAAUUAAUCUCGUUAAUUCUAUUAAAUCAUCAGUUUAAAACAAAGAACUUUUAAUCGGUUGAUCUUUAAACGCGACAGAAGGUGUUCUAAAAUAAUUGUAAUCUUUUAUAUAAAAAUUAUCAUUUUGUACUAAUAUUGAAUAGUACAAGAUUUGAUAGAUGGAAUACUUUAAUAAGCAAAUUUGUAGUUAAUCAAACUAAUAAUCACAAAAUGAUAAUUUUUAAAUAAUGCUAUCGUACACAUAAGAGGCAAAUCUACAAUCCAAUUUGAGUUGGACGCAUAUGUAUCUAAAUGUAAUAUGAAUAAAUUGACUGUUUAAAA